CUAGCUGCGCUAUGAUGACGUGUUUCCGGUAUUUUUUUACGGUUUUUCCGGGUAACAGUUGUGACGUGUUUUCCAUUUUCAAACCCCAUGCUUUUUUUUGGGCUUUGGCUUUGGCUCGUUAUCUAAUGUUUGAAAGUUAACUUAAUCUGUAAAAAAAUUAAAUACAUAACAUGGGAGGAAAGAAUAAACAGCGAACGAAAGGAAACGUCCGGCCGUCCAGCAGCGGGCGGGCUGCCGAGUUGCUGGCCCGGGAGAGUGGUGUCGUUCCCGGGUUCGUGGGGUUCGGCACCACUACGACCACAGAGCCGGGCUAUGUGCCUGCUGUCCAUGGGGCAGAGGAGAUUGACAACCUGGUUGAUGCUGACUUCCGCCUGGUGUUGAGAAAACUAUCGAAGAGAGACACAGUCACCAAACUGAAGGCAGUGCAGGAGUUUGGGGCUAUGUGUCAGGAGCGGGACUCAGAGGUCGUUAAAGGAGUUCUGCCUUACUGGCCCAGGAUCUACUGCAAGAUUUCAAUGGACCACGACCGACGUGUGAGAGAGGCCACCCAGCAGGCGUUUGAACAACUGGUCUUGAAGGUGCGGCGUAGUCUAGCUCCCUACCUGAAGAGUGUGAUGGGCCACUGGCUGCUGUCUCAGUGUGACAGCUAUCCUCCCGCUGCCUCUGCUGCCUGCCAGGCCUUCAGCGCUGCCUUCCCUCCCAGCAAACAGGCUGAGGCUCUUAGCUUCUGCAAGGACGAGGUUCUCACUGUACUUCAAGACAACUUGCUGAAGGAGACGGCAGACACCCUAAGUGACCCACAGAGUGUUCCAGAGGAGGAGAGGGAGGCGAAGUUCCUCCGCCUGCUUACCAGCUCUCUACUUGGGGUGAAGAGACUGCUGUCCUCCUUACCCCAGACAGACACACACAACCUGCAGGACAGACUGACACACCUCCUCAACCAGGCCAAAUUCUGGAAGUACAGCAGACACAAGACCCCACAGGUGCGUGGUGCUUUCUUCGAGGUGGUGUCUUCCCUGUGUGAACACACACCAGGUCUGGUGCAGACUGAGGCUGCCAGAGUCUGUCCUGCUGUUCUACUGUCUAUAGACGACACGGACCCUGUGGUGCUGCCUCCUCUCUGGGAAGCUGUGCUCCACACGCUCUCCACCUUAACAGACUGUUGGAGUCAUGUCAACGCCAGGAAGGCUGUUCUGCCUAAACUGUGGUCCCUGUUAAAGGAUGGGGGUAAAGGUUUAGCCACAGCCCUCCACCCUAACCUGCUACCCCUCAUCAGUAAACUACCCUCUGAGGUCACUACACCUAACCUAGACUUCUACACGACCUUCUGCAGCUGUCUCAUACAAGGCUUGUCCAGUGAGCGUGCUGUGUCCAGUCCGUCAGAGAGUGCUGCUAUAGUGGUGUCGGCAGUAGAGUGUUUGAGAUACACUCUGUUACAGAACACUGGGGAGGAGGAGGAACACACACGGAUACGCACCAUGCUCCUAGAACAACAGCUCCUCCCCCUCAUCGACAGUGCCCUGGGAAGCCCCUCCCUCCAAGCCGGGCCCCUUUUCCCAUUGGUUACGGACAUGCUCAUCUCCUGGGAGAAGAGGGCUGGACUUCAGGAUGUGGGUGUGCUUAGCGAGGGAGAGAACGAGGUUGUCUUUGAUAGGCUGCUGGCAGACUUCUGGGAGGGGCUUAGGGUGAUGUUCGCCCGUCGUGUACAGAGUGACAGUCUGGAGCAGAAAGACCUAGAAGGAAUGUCCUCGCUGUUACAGGUGAUGCAGAGCCCAGUGAGUGCAGGCAGGAGGCAGACCAAGAAGAAGAGAUCGGUGAAGAUCUGUUUCUCUGAGCCAGAGAGUUCUGGUUCUCCAGAGGAAGAGGGGGAGGUGGCGCUGAAGUAUGCCCAGCUGGAGGCACCUGACCUUGGCCAGGAGACGGCCGAGGGCCCCUGGGUCUUCACCAUGCUGCUCAUCACAUCAGAAGAGGAGAAAUUAAAAGGGAAGGAUGAACAGAAGGCAGACGGAGAAGGGGGAUCAUGUGGUGCUGUGGCUGGGGCAGGAGGACAGGAGAGACACCAGUUACCUGGUAGAGAUGGUGUUCAGUUCUCUAUGCAGUUGCAGUCCACAGGAGACCACACGCAUCCUCAACCAUAUCACCACGAUGGAUCUAAAAUGGGGAGUUCUUCUCCAGAUCAUACAAAAGGCGUGUGCGGACCCUGUAUCUCUGCAGGGUGUGGUGAUUGGUUUAAGGGCUCCGUGCUGGGUGAGCGGCUGCUGGGGUUGGCUGAGGAGCUGUGUGAGGCGGGACUAAAAGGCUCCGGCUCCGCCCCUAAUAGGGACAGCUGGGCUCUGAUCAGCCUAGCACUGUCUCAGCAUCAUAAUAAUGAGCCCCUGAUAGGAGCUGUGUACGUGGAGAAGAUGAUAGCCAAGCUCCAUGCCACCCUGUCCGCGGCUAAAGGUCUCUCUGAGAGGGGUAAUCUGGAGCCGCUGGUGUGUUUAAUCUGUGAUGUGGCCUCCACGUUCUUCACCUCCGUAACACACUGCCUCCUCCUGGCCUCCGCUGAGGAGCUACUGCUCACGGUCUUCACACUCACCGCACAGGACCAGACACACACACACCUGUCAGACUCCCUGCUGAAGAAGCUGAGUCAGGCGUGUCAUGCCGGUGUCCUCUCAUUGGUCCAUCACUCGGGGUCAGAGGUGAAGGAGGGCAGCUUCCUAUACAGCGCUGCAUUCUGGGUCAAAACCCAGCUGCUCACCUCCUCCCUGGGAGUCAAAAGUCUGCAGGUAUUGGUUCUAGCAGUCCAGAGGCUAGCUGACUCACUGAGAUCUGUUGGUCAGCGAGGCUCCGCCCUCCUCUCCCAGUUCCUCUCCUUCCUGACUCCCAGCCAAUCAGAGUGGAGCAAGAUCAGACGGGCCCUGCCCCCUCAGUGGGUGAGGUCUCCCCUGCUGUCUGGACGUCUGAGGAUGGUCUGUGACUACCCCUGUAUGGAGGUCUGGAAGGUCAGAGGCUCAAGCCGACUGCCUGCCCACCUGUGUGCGUGUGCCCUGCUGACCAGAGUGGUCUAUAACACAGAUAUGACUGUUCCUGCUGGUGCUGCUAUUGCUACGGCUGCAGUGUGUCCAGACGACCAGGAGGGGGCAGGAGACUACAUGAAAGACUUCAAACACACAGUUUGUGAGCUACUGUAUGCGGUGCAGUGGUGCAGGGAGAUGGACUAUAGCCCUGCUCUAGUAACAGAGUACUACGCUAUGUUGAAGGACUGGGACCUAACAGACCGUAUAGACAAUCAAGGACCAGCCACUGAUAUACUGGAUACACUGUACAGCAGAUCACUAGAGGAGGGGGGACUGUGGUCUCUGACUCUACAGAACUACAUACACACCAACCACGUGGCUGAAACGGCUGGCACCAUCAACACACUCUGUGGCAGCCCUGACAGUCUGUUCCCCCUGUCAGAGAGCAGGCUCAGUACUCUACAGGUGCUGUGUCCCUAUCUGACCACAGUGGAGAGAGAACGUCUCAUUUCCCUGGCUACCGCUGGCAUACUCAACUGGCAAGAGGACCACAGUGUUUGUGGGUGUGUGUCGGUGCUGUUGUGCUGUCUCAAGGCCUCCACGCCAGUGCAGGAGGAGCUGCUAAUAGCUGUACUGGCCACCAUGAUGGAAUGGAGAAACAGCAAAGAAGACUGGUUUCUAUUCAGCAGUGACCUGUCCAAGACGACCGCGUCCCAGCUGUCUCUCAGCGUGGAGAUGAUGCGUCUCCUGUCCCGGUUGGUGACUCAUUUUCCCACAAUCCUCGGGGGCAGCCAGUGGGACUUCCUGCUCUGCUCCAUGCUGGCCUGGCUAGAGACGACUAGCGAUAACGUGGGUUGUCUGUGGAACCCCUGGGUGCAGUUGUUGGUGUGUGAGACCUGUGAGCUGAUCGUGCAGCUGAACCAGUUCUUCACAGCGCCCCCGCCUGGUGUGGAUGACCUACUGCCCUCAGAGCUGACCGCAGAGUGGAACGACUUCUUCAUAGAGGGGAUAUACAGCCUGAUGCUGCCCCUGCCUGGCAAGAUCACUGAGGCCUUCAAGGAGCCAGACGAUCCACUGUUCCCAUUGGCUGUCCUGCGGUCUGUGGGCAUGGCUCUGACCUACGUCCCGCUGCAGCAGCUUACCCAUAAUUCCUUGCCAGCGCGGUUCGUGGCAGACCAGAAGACAAGCCUACCUGAGGCACUGCAGACCCUACUCAACACACUAACUCCUUUGCUGCUGUUCAAAGCCAGACCGCUGCAACUCACUGUCUACCACAUUCUAGACAAGGUAAUGCCUACUCUCCCAGAGUGUGAUGGAGAGGGAGACGACACCAAGCCAGAGGACGAUGGAGAGGAACCGUGUCUGUCUCCCCCGGCAGCUCUCAUGACCCUCCUGUCUACGUGUGAGGAGUUGUGUGAGAGCAUCAUGGUUGGAGUGUGUGUCGGGGAGUUUGCAGUGGUUCAACCUCUCUCUGUGGAAUACUCCUGUAUCCUGGCCUACCUGCUGGCCUGGAAACUACUGCUGUCCUUCUUCAAGGCUUCUCCCUCCCACCUGCGUGUCCAGUACUCUCUCUAUCUAAAGAAGUCCCUCCACAAGCUCCUCCUCCACCUGUUCAGACUGAUGCCUGAAAACCCCGCCUACGUCGGCCAGGGGGCGGAGCCUGUCUCCAAGGAGACCAAGACAUUCUUCACAGAGAGCCUCUCUCUGGACGUCAACAAGUCGUCUGGUAUCCAAUAUGAGCUCUCCCACCUGGCGUGUUGUGUGUACUACAGUGCGGUACAGGACCUGCCUGCCAUGGUUAGGUUGUGGUGGACCAGUCCAGGAGAAGAGAGUUAGCCACACGUGGAUAAGUUCACAGGACGAUACGUCUCGCCUGUCCUCUCUGCUCAGGAGAUCUCCUCUGUACACGCCAGCACACAGACCUUCGACAGCAUGACUGUGAAGGCUCGUUCGGCAGCGCGGGAGGUGAUCGCCACCUACUCAGUGGAUGAUAUCUUCAUAGAGCUGGUGAUCCAGCUACCACAGAACUAUCCUCUAGGCUCGAUCACAGUAGAGAGCGGCAGGAGGGUGGGGGUCGCUGUACAACAAUGGAGGAACUGGAUGUUACAGCUCAGUACAUACCUCACACACCAGAACGGCAGUAUAAUGGAGGGUCUGUCUCUGUGGAAGACCAACGUGGAUAAGAGGUUCGAGGGAGUAGAGGACUGUAUGAUCUGUUUCUCUGUUAUCCAUGGAUCCAACUACUCUCUGCCCAAGAAGGCCUGCCGCACCUGCAAGAAAAAAUUCCACUCUGCCUGUCUGUACAAGUGGUUUACCUCUAGCAACAAGUCCACCUGCCCUCUGUGUAGAGAGACCUUCUUCUAGCAACAAGUCCACCUGCCAUCUGUAUAGACCUUCUCCUAGCAACAAGUCCACCUGUCAUCUGUAUAGACCUUCUCCUAGCAACAAGUCCACCUGCCCUCUGUGUAGAGAGACCUUCUCCUAGCAACAAGUCCACCUGCCCUCUAUGUAGAGAGACCUAAUUGAAACUAUGUUACCAUGGAUACACAUAGUCACUGUUCCGUUGCUAUGGAUGCACAGAGACAGUUUUGGUUGUAUAUUUGUUCGUAUCUCUCACCACAACCUUCUUAUAGAUCAGUGCUUCCCAAUAGUUUUAUCCUCUGGGACCCAAAUUGAUCCAGGUUUUCUGUCUCGAUCCAAUAUUCACAUUGUGAUUUUCUUGUUGUUGCCAAAAUGCAAUUUGGAAAAUAAUUUUUAAAUACUAUUUUGACAGUAAAUGUAGCAAUUAUAUUUAGUUUCCCCCCUUUUGUCAUUAAUUCCAUAUUGCUCACGAUCUUGACGAAGAAUCUUAUAUUAUAUUAUUAUUAUUAUAAUUAUACAAACUCACCCCAUCUGCUAAAUCACACUGCUAAUAGCUUUAUAUUGGUAAAUACUGAGAUUGAAGAAAAAAUUUCAAAUAAUUAAAAUGAUUUAAAUGUAACGAUAAUCUUUUUACAUACCUUCUACCUGGUCUUAGUUGUUUCAUUUCAGACGAGUAUCUCAACAACAACAACAACAACAACAAACAAAAAAAUCCUCCCCCCUAAAAAUGUAAAAUAAAUAAAUACAUAUUUCCACUCAGACACCAUUCAAAACCUUUGGGUUACGACCCACCAGUUGGCGGUUGCCACUGCCACCGCUAAUAGAAGCUCUUUUGACAGCGGUUGUAACUCGAGCUAAGAGUUGAAUAGUAAAGAUAUGUUUUUUAGACGUAAUAAGGUUUUAUGUCCAGUAGCCAAUGAGUUCCAAGGAGCCAGGAAUUGGAUCAGCUCUGACGGUGACAUCAGAGCAGGAAGACAGACGGAGGACUGGAGGACAGACGGAGGACUGGAGGACAGACGAGUGGGGGGACUACUGACGCAUGCCAGAUCCUCACAACGUCAGGAUAUGUGUUUAACCACAUCACAUGUUAUAGCAAUCUGAUGCCCGUCUGCACAGACGUGGCACAGUCAAUGACGUGGCACGCAACCAUUGGUUGAUGCAGUGCAACGCCCGCGCUUCUAAGUCGGGCGGGAACUCGACCAGAAUGUUCCGUCUGAAGGAUGUAAUCAAUUCACUUCGUCAUUUGGUGUGAUUGACAGAGCACAGUGAUGUAAUAUAAUACAGACUGAUGAAACACCAAGUGGAUUCAUUUGAGAUAAAUAAAGAGGAUUUAUAUAUCAGAAA